UGUCGGGCGGGGCCGCGGAGCCCGGAGAAGCCCGUAAAAGCGGGCGCUGGCCACCGGGGCCAGGCAUCGACGGCUAUCCACCAUGGCACGUCUCAACCUCUCGCUGGCGCUGGGCCUGGCCCUGCUCGCGUUCUGUCUCCUGGCGCUGCCCUGCGACGCCCGGGCCCAGCCGAGGGAAGUCCUGUUGGGAGGACGGAAGGACCUGCAGCCCAGCGAUCCACAGGUGAUGAAGGCGGCGCAGGCGGCCGUGGCCAGCUACAACAUGGGCAGCAACAGCCUCUACUACUUCAGGGACACGCGCAUCCUCAAGGCGCAGAGCCAGCUGGUGGCUGGCGUCAAGUACUUCCUGACUGUGGAGAUGGGGAGCACAGCCUGUCGGAAGAGUGCAGUGACUGGAGACCGCAUAGACCUCACCACCUGCCCCCUGGCAGCGGGAACGGAGGAGGAGAAGCUGCGCUGCGACUUUGAGAUCCUAGUGAUUCCCUGGGAGAACUCCUCCAGCCUCCUAAAGCACCACUGCGUGCCCGCGUAGAAGACCUGCAGUGCACCCUGCGGCCAUGGGAGUGGGAGGGCACAGGCCCAUCAGUGGAGGGCACUUCAGGUGCCAUAUUGUUGCAAUAAAUUGCUAACACUGCUU